GGAGAGCGCGCAGUCCAGCCCGCAGCUCCGGCCCCGCGCGUCCCCCGGGAGCCGCCGCCGCCGCUCGCCCCCGCGCCGCCCGCCCGCCGCCAGGCCCGCCCGCACUCCCUCCCGGCCGCCGCCGCAGCCAUGGCGGAAGUUCAUAGACGUCAGCAGGCCCGGGUUAAAGGAGAAGCCCCCGCGCCAGCCGCCACACACAGACAUGCGGAGGAGCUGGGGAUGGCGUCGGCCGAAACGCUGACGGUGUUCCUGAAGCUGCUGGCCGCCGGCUUUUACGGCGUGAGCUCCUUCCUCAUCGUGGUGGUCAACAAGAGCGUGCUCACCAACUACAGAUUUCCCUCCUCACUAUGUGUUGGACUUGGCCAGAUGGUGGCUACAGUGGCAGUUCUCUGGGUGGGAAAGGCGCUCAGAGUAGUCAAGUUUCCUGACUUUGACCGUAAUGUACCUCGAAAGACGUUUCCACUACCUCUACUAUAUUUUGGGAACCAAAUCACGGGACUGUUCAGCACAAAGAAACUGAACUUGCCAAUGUUUACAGUUCUGAGAAGGUUCUCCAUCCUGUUUACAAUGUUUGCUGAAGGAGUGUUACUAAAGAAGACCUUUUCUUGGAGUAUUAAGAUGACUGUAUUUGCAAUGAUUAUUGGAGCCUUUGUAGCUGCCAGCUCUGACUUGGCAUUUGAUCUGGAAGGAUAUGUUUUUAUUCUGAUAAACGAUGUCCUGACAGCAGCAAAUGGCGCAUACGUAAAACAAAAAUUAGAUUCAAAGGAGCUGGGAAAAUAUGGUCUGCUCUAUUACAAUGCACUGUUCAUGAUUCUGCCCACCCUGGCCAUUGCAUACCUUACAGGAGAUGCACAAAAGGCAAUGGAUUUUGAAGGCUGGGCUGACACCCUCUUUCUUCUGCAGUUCACCCUCUCUUGUGUGAUGGGGUUUAUCUUGAUGUACGCCACAGUACUCUGCACUCAGUAUAAUUCUGCUCUUACAACUACAAUAGUUGGCUGUAUUAAGAAUAUAUUAAUAACUUAUAUUGGAAUGGUCUUUGGUGGAGAUUAUAUUUUCACAUGGACGAACUUCAUUGGCUUAAAUAUCAGUAUUGCUGGGAGCCUGGUGUAUUCCUACAUCACUUUCUCUGAAGAGCAGCUGAGCAAACAGUCGGAGGCCAGUAACAAGCUGGACAUUAAGGGGAAAGGAGCGGUAUGACCAGAGGAUUGCUUCAGCGACGUAGGCCUAAGACUUUGAUCAGCUUGGAACACUGGCAGUUCUUACACAGAUACUGAGGUGUCUCGAUUAUGGAGAAAAUACCAUUCCUUUGCACUUAUACAAUCUGAGGAUUGAUUGCUGCCUUUUAACAUUUUAUGAGAGAAACUUAUAAUUGACUCUAUUUUAAUUAUGCCAUUUGAAUUAAUUUAUAUCAGACUGGAAAAUGCACCGGGCUUUUUAAUUUAUUUUUCUUCUGUGCCGACAGUGAACCAUCAGUGUUUGGAAACUGUUGCAUUCCAUACUUUGAUAUCCAGGUGUCCCUGAGAGCUGCAUCUAUAAAGUGCUCCAACUGGAGCCUCCUUGUUCAAGUCGUUGCUGCGUCUGGAGGCAGGUCUAGCCUUCCUUCUGCUGGGAAUGCAGCGGAGUAUCGGCAGUGUCC